AGCGACCGCAGGACUUGCUCCCUCACCGGGCCACCCAGGUCCCUAGGAUCUCCUUGGCUUCUCUCCACACAUACUUGUUCCCUUCCCUGGCCCUAGCAGGAGCUGAUGAUGCUUGGGACCCGCCUGGGAUUUCCUCCCGCUGCCGUUCUGGGGGCUGGUGAGAUUCAGGCAACUCCCUUUCCCUGCUCCCUGCAGCCCCACGCUGGGGGCCUGGGGCCUUUCUUGAGCACAGACAGGAGUCUAGUGAGACCCUGGGCCAAUCUGGGUAUCGUUGGAUGGGAGGGUCCUGUUACCUUUUCUAGGUUGCAGAUUAGCACUUUAAAGCCACCUUGGUCCCAGUGAAACGCUUGCCAACCUGCCCCAAGUGUCUGGACAUUAACAGCUUCAUGUGCAUGUAGCCAGCACUCAGUGCGGCUAGAGACACGGAGCAGAAUGUGGCUGUUACAUGGACAAGCUGGGCAGGUAGUGUUUUCAACAGGGAAGGUAUCUUCCCCAAGGGAUUUAGUACCUGCUCUGAAAUUCCCACUGGAGCUUGCGUUACAGCAGGAGGAAAGAAAGGCACUACUGCAAACUCUCUACCACUUUGAGGGUGGCAACAGACCACAACACUGACAACACAACGGCUGUGCUACGAGAAUGGCUGAUAAAUGUGCAGACUUUGUAUCACUCUGUGGAGUGGAGGCCGAUGGAGGAGCCCAGGUCCUAUCUGGAUGAGGAAGGCCCGAAGCACUGGUCAAAUUCUCGCUAUGAGCACGUGAUGAAGCUCAGACAAGCAGCCUUGAAAUCUGCCAGGGACAUGUGGGCUGACUACAUCUUGUUUGUGGAUGCAGAUAAUCUCCUGACAAACCCAGACACCCUGGGCCUGCUGAUGGCAGAGAACAAGACUGUAGUGGCGCCCAUGUUGGACUCUCGUGCUGCCUAUUCUAACUUCUGGUGUGGAAUGACUUCGCAGGGUUAUUACAAACGCACUCCUGCCUACAUUCCCAUUCGAAAACGAGAUCGCCGUGGCUGCUUUGCUGUCCCCAUGGUGCACUCCACUUUCCUGAUUGACUUGCGGAAAGAGGCCUCCCGGGACCUUGCCUUCUACCCACCACACCCAGAUUACACCUGGUCUUUUGAUGACAUCAUUGUCUUUGCAUUUGCCUGCAAGCAGGCAGAGGUCCAGAUGUUUGUAUGCAACAAAGAGGUUUAUGGCUUCCUGCCGGUGCCACUGAGAGCCCACAGCACCAUGCGGGACGAGGUGGAAAGCUUCAUGCACGUGCAGCUGGAGAUAAUGGUGAAGAACCCUCCAGUGGAACCUUCAGAAUACCUGUCCGUCCUGCCCAAGGUCCCUGACAAGAUGGGCUUUGAUGAGGUUUUCAUGAUUAACUUAAAGCACAGGGCAGAUCGACGAGAGCGAAUGCUGCGGACGCUGUACGAGCAGCAGAUCGACUGCAAAAUCAUUGAGGCUGUGGAUGGAAAAGCCAUGAACAGUAGUGAGGUGGAAGCUAUGGGGAUUCAGAUGCUGCCAGGAUAUAAGGAUCCAUACCACGGCCGUCCACUCACCAAAGGGGAGCUGGGUUGCUUCCUCAGUCACUAUAAGAUCUGGAAGGAGAUUGUGGCGGGAGGGCUGGAGAAAUCAGUCGUGUUCGAGGAUGACCUGCGGUUUGAAAUAUUCUUUAAACGACGGCUGAUGAAUCUGAUGUAUGACCUGGAAGAAGAGGGUCUGGAUUGGGACUUGAUUUACAUUGGGAGGAAGCGAAUGCAGGUGGAUCACCCAGAGAAGUCUGUGCCUCACGUGCGGAACCUGGUGGAGGCAGAUUAUUCCUACUGGACUCUAGCCUAUGUGAUUUCACUGCAGGGUGCCCAGAAGCUGCUGGCAGCUGAGCCACUCUCCAAGAUGUUACCUGUGGAUGAAUUUCUUCCUGUCAUGUUUGACAAACACCCUGUCUCUGAAUACAUGGAACAUUUUGAAAACCGGAAUUUGCUGGCCUUUUCAGUGGAACCACUGCUGGUUUACCCAACACAUUACACUGGUGAUGAUGGUUACAUCAGCGACACUGAGACCUCUGUGGUUUGGAAUAAUGAGAGAGUAAAAACUGACUGGGACCGUGCCAAAUCCCAGAAAAUGAAAGAACAGCAGGAGCUCAGCAAGGAGGCCAAGAACUCAGAUGUGCUCCAAUCACCUCUUGACAGUACAGCCCGGGAUGAGCUAUGACCAGAGCAGGCCCCUUCUAGGAAAUGGAUGAAGGGACUGACCGUGAUAAGGAAGGGUGUGUGUUGGAGCCGGGGUAGAAAGCAGGGAAAGGGGUAUAGCAGCAUCCAUCCAUGGGGAUUACUGGAGCUUCGGUGUGUCCAAGAAUAUAAUGGUAAAGUCACUUAGAUGACAAAGCCAAUGAGGGUCAUGGCUGAAGCCCUUCUGACCUCUGCUGUUGCAGGACUCUAUGAGAGAGAAUGCUGGAGAAAGUCAGGUUUGCUUUGUCCAUCAAUUCAGCCACUGCUCUGUGGUUCAGCACAGAUCUUUACACAGUUGCUCGUCGUAGUGGAGAAGUUUUAUUCUUUGGUUUAGGAUAUUGGUGCUUGAUGGGACAUUGGUCUUCCUGCCUCUGUUGCCAUGUGUGUAUCUCAUGACCAGGGAUCCUAGUUUUCUCUGAUUUUAAAAAACAAAACAAAAUUCUCCAAUUAAAGAACCAUAAUUGGGGGGGGCAUGGAUUUUUAAAAUGAAACACUGAACAUUAGUUCUUAGCCACAAUAUAUAUAGGUAUCAGUUGAACACAAUGUUUUAUUGAUAUAUUUACAGUUGUAAAAUGCUGGAAUGAUCCAGUCACAGUGCACUGUUUCUUUACUGUUGUCGAGGGCCCUGCUGUUUCAGCCUCUUUCAUUUCUUUUCAGUCAGUUUCGCUCUUUCCAUGUGUUCUGCGAUUGUCUGCCUUCAAACGUCAUCUACAGCCUUGCUGCAUACAGUACAGAACAGCAGGUUACCAUCAACAUUAAAUUUGUCCUUACCAAACUCAGUGACACGGUCUUUGGGGUGACUUUUAAAGUUUUCAGCAUCUUUUUAUAACUUUAAUUACUCAUGUGUGGAGGCUGAAGUGAAAUUUGAGAUGCAUUAAAACGCGACCCGCUAUAUGGCAUUGAGUAACUGCUAUAUGCCGCAAGCAGUUUAUUGGCAUAUGUUUAGCUAUGUGAAUUUAAAGCACAUUCAAAAAUCAACCACAGGAGGGGGAGGUUGUGCACAUUGAAAAAGUGACACUGGUACUUGCAGUAAAAUUGAGGGUUUUGGUUUUUUUUCUCAGUGUAAAAACUAAAGAUUCUCUGUAAAAACACCAUUAUGCAUUUUUCCCUGGCAAAUGGAUUUCUGGGAUCCCUAUUCAUGACCCCUGAAUGUUCUCUUGGGGGGUGUCUGGGGAGGAGGGGUGAAAUGCUGCCAGAUCCUGCAGGUUCCUGCUAAUGAUGUGCCCUAAUAUAAGCUGAAGUCUUCUCUUUCUGUAAGACCAAAACUUUCCUGUUUUUAUAAAAUCUUUGGCUAUGACUUGAACUGUCUCUUGCUUCUUCAUAAACAGCCCAGAGUGCUGGGGAAGGAGCUCGCAAGAGCUGACUUCUUCAAGCACCAACUUGUAUUUUAAUCUAGUGCUGGCUUCACAGCCCUGGAGAGUGAAGUCUUCUAUUGAUCAACUUGGCAGCAGUGGUACAAACUUCCUUGCACUGCAUAACCCAUGUACCUCAACCCUGACCUGGAGGAGCCCUAGAAAUGAGUGGAGCCUGAUUUUCCCCAUGGCCCUUUCACUCCAUGAUUUCUGCGGAAGGUGGUGUGGUACUGGCAAUUGCAUUGUGGGUCCCUGUCCUAGGAGCUGGAGUGAGAACACUGAUUUUUUCCCAUAGGCUACUAAAUAUAUGGUGAUUGUUGGGGUGCAUUUGUAUCAGUGACCAGAAGAGAGAGGUUAUGAAUCCUGGAAAUGUCAAGCAAGUACUGAACCAAUCAGUUCCAUCCUGAAGUGUAACUAGACUUACUUCUACAACACUUAAAAAGUGCCUCCAUGUUCCAGGGCUUCUUCCUCUGUGCUGACUUGAGGAAU